AACUUUCAAUUCUCUUGUGAAGCGGCCAUUAAGGCUGCUAAAGCCAACAUGUUGAGCGGUAUUCUCCUCUUCAAUCAGAAGGGUGAGAACCUGAUCUUUCGAGCAUUUCGUCCCGAUUGCCGCCCUCGACUUGCAGACAUCUUUCGCAUCCAGGUCAUCUCCAAUGCCCAAGUCAGAUCACCCAUCCUUACCCUGGGUUCAACGACCUUCAGCCAUGUUAAGCACGAGAACAUCUAUCUUGUUGCUGUCACUAAAAGCAAUGCCAAUGCUGCCAUUGUCUUCGAAUUCCUCUACAGGUUUAUUGGUCUGGGGAAACAGUACUUUGGAAAGUUCGAUGAGGAGGCUGUUAAGAACAACUUUGUCCUGAUCUAUGAACUACUCGAUGAGAUUCUCGACUUUGGAUACCCUCAAAACACCGAUGUCGACGUCCUCAAGAUGUACAUUACACCUGACAACAUCUCCUCUGCCAUUCGGUCCGUAUCCGCACCGUCCAGCGAUACUUCCAAAAUCACAAUGCAGGCCACGGGUGCCCAGUCGUGGAGAAGAGGAGAUAUCAAAUACCGCAAGAACGAGGCUUUCGUGGAUGUCAUAGAGGAUGUGAAUCUGCUCAUGAGCGCGACGGGGACGGUGUUGAGGGCAGAUGUUACCGGUCAGAUCGUCAUGAGGGCAUACUUGACUGGUACACCUGAGUGCAAAUUCGGGCUGAAUGACCAACUAGUUGUUGGACAAAUCGCUCAUGGCUUGGACGGCCCUAUCAGCAGCCAAGAGGGCAGGAGGAAGGCCACCCGAGCGGCCGCAGGUUCGGUGACCUUGGAAGAUUGUCAGUUCCAUCAGUGCGUACAACUUGGCAAAUUUGAGACGGACCGAACGAUAUCCUUUGUCCCUCCAGACGGAGAAUUCGAGCUUAUGCGGUACCGGGCGGUUGAGAACGUCAACCUACCCUUCAAAGUGCAUGCUAUUGUUCGUGAGGUCGGCACAACCAAGGUGGAAUACAGUAUCGCUGUCAAAGCGAACUACGGCAGCAAGCUGUUUGCGACCAAUGUGGUGAUACGAAUACCAACACCACUGAACACUGCCAGCAUCACGGAGAGGACCACGCAAGGCAAAGCCAAGUACGAACCCGAGAACAACUGCAUCGUUUGGAAGAUUGCGCGAUUUACCGGCGGUAGCGAGUUUGUGCUUAGUGCUGAAGCACAUCUUACUAGCAUGACCAACCAAAAGGCCUGGUCACGGCCACCUCUUAGCAUGAACUUUUCACUGCUCAUGUUUACCAGCUCAGGUUUGUUGGUUCGAUAUCUGAAGGUUUUCGAAAAGAACAACUACAGCAGUGUUAAAUGGGUUCGCUACAUGACUAAAGCUGGGAGUUAUGAGAUACGAUUCUGAAGCACCAUGACCACGCUGCUCUUGUCGCGAGCAGUGUUAUGGGAUUUGGCUGACUGAUACAGCCACCCAAGUCAUGUGUCUGGAUGCACAUGAAGCGGUCUGCAGGGCCACCGAUGGCUAAUGACUCGGCAUCGCAACUGUCGCCCAGCCGUACUUUCUCCUGCUACCGAUACGAUGCAAUACCAUACAAAACCGACAAUGACUACAAAAGUCAUCAUACUGUGGACGAAAGCUUGAAGUGAUCACAAAUGGUGACGAAUCAGGAGAUACUCGGACUCCUUGUCCGUACGGCGUAACAAUGUGACGACACGUGAAGGAAAUCAAAGGACAUAAAUUGCAUGAUAUGAGGGUAUCUAUGAAUGGCCGACUCGCUGGAGCGGGCGAGAAACAAGAUGAUAAAUGUACUUAUACAAAUCAAGAACUGGGUGGUAGGAACAAGGCUACCAAGACGGAAUGUCCAAGUCUGUUCUUGAAAUCCUCCCUCCUCUUCUCAGACCGACGUUACCUUCUCCUACGAGAAGACUCCAUCGCCUGCCCAGGCUGUCUUUGUC